UCAGGGAAGGGCUGUGUCUGUGGGUCGCUACUAACUGUGUGCCGGCGCCCAUUCCCAGGUGCUGCCUACAUUUUAGGACACAGAAAUUGAGUAUCGGAAGGUCUUAUGUCUAUGACAGGGGCCAACCCUGCUCACCCCUGGCUAAGCAGGUGGAGGUGGAACCGGAACCCAACAUCAGAGGCCCUGAGAUAGUCACCAUGGGGGAAAACGACCCUCCAGCAGCCGAAGCCCCCUUCUCCUUCCGGUCACUCUUUGGCUUGGACGAUUUGAAAAUAAGUUCUGUGGCACCAGAUGGAGAUGCAGUGGCCGCGCAGAUCUUGUCCCUUCUGCCCUUGAAGUUUUUUCCGAUCAUCGUCAUUGGGAUCAUAGCCUUGAUACUGGCGUUGGCUAUCGGCCUGGGCAUCCACUUCGACUGCUCUGGGAAGUACAGGUGCCAUUCAUCUUUCAAGUGUAUUGAACUAACAGCCCGAUGUGACGGGGUCCCCAAUUGCAAGGACGGGGAGGAUGAGUACCGUUGCGUGCGGGUGAGCGGCCAAAGAGCAGCGCUCCAAGUGUUCACGGCUGCUGCAUGGAGGACCAUGUGUUCAGAUGACUGGAAAAGCCACUAUGCCAAGAUUGCCUGUGCCCAGCUGGGGUUUCCCAGCUAUGUGAGCUCAGACCACCUCAGAGUGGAUGCACUUGAGGAGCAGUUCCAGGGCGACUUCGUGUCCAUCAAUCACCUCUUGCCAGAUGACAAGGUGACCGCAUUACACCACUCUGUGUACAUGAGGGAAGGCUGCACCUCAGGCCAUGUGGUCACCUUGAAGUGCUCAGCCUGUGGCAUGAGAACUGGCUACAGUCCCCGCAUUGUGGGUGGAAACGUGUCCUCGCUCACUCAGUGGCCCUGGCAGGUCAGCCUCCAGUUCCAGGGGUACCACCUAUGUGGGGGCUCCGUCAUCACCCCUCUGUGGAUUGUCACCGCUGCGCACUGUGUUUACGACCUGUACCACCCCAAGUCCUGGACUGUCCAGGUGGGUCUCGUGUCCCUGAUGGACAGUCCUGUGCCCUCCCACCUGGUGGAGAAAAUCAUCUACCACAGCAAGUACAAACCAAAGCGACUGGGCAAUGACAUCGCCCUCAUGAAGCUGUCCGAGCCACUCACCUUUGACGAGACCAUCCAGCCCAUCUGCCUGCCCAACUCUGAAGAGAACUUUCCAGACGGGAAAUUGUGCUGGACCUCAGGAUGGGGAGCCACAGAGGACGGAGCAGGUGACGCCUCCCCUGUCCUGAACCACGCGGCCGUCCCUUUAAUUUCAAACAAGAUCUGCAACCACAGGGAUGUGUAUGGCGGUAUCAUUUCACCCUCCAUGCUCUGUGCGGGCUAUCUGAAAGGCGGUGUGGACAGCUGCCAGGGAGACAGCGGGGGACCCCUGGUGUGCCAGGAGAGGAGACUGUGGAAGUUAGUGGGUGCGACAAGCUUUGGAAUUGGCUGUGCUGAGGUGAACAAGCCUGGAGUCUACACACGAAUCACCUCCUUCCUGGACUGGAUUCACGAACAGUUGGAGAGAGAUCUGAAGACUUGAAGAAGAGGGAACAAGCCAGCACCUGAGCUCCUGAGGGGUGGACACAGCACGGGCCUUCCCUGGACUCCUGAGUGGACAUGUUGGAUGGGAGUACCAGCUCUUACCACCCUGCCCAUGGCGUUGAAGCAUAUCCAUCCACUGGGAUGAGAACCCUUCCAACCCCGACACCCGGAGUUGCUUGCUGCUAAAGCCCCUGGCUUUGAGGCUGAAACAACCUUGGACUCAUGUACACAAGCGGCACCUUUCCCGGUCACCCCCCACCCACCCUAGAUUUUCUCCUUAUAGUUGCUGCCAACACUGGCAAGCUCUCAUGCACACCAAUCGAACACCAGUUGGUGCAGGAACUGCUGGUGUGGAUUGUUGAAGACGCAGUCACCUAUUCGUUCUAGCCCCGGGCUCCAGAUCUCAACCCAACUGCCUACUUCCAGGAGCUGGUUUUGGGAGUGAGGAACUUAGUCUUUGACUGAUUCAGUCUGAGGUUUUUUGUUUUUUGUUUUGUUUUGUUUUGGCUCCGCUGUUUUCUCACAGGAUUUGGUGCUUGACGAAUUUCUCGCUUCUGAAAGGCGUCCCUUUGCUUAGCUUGGCCUGUCCUUGGGCUUGAGUGAAUGCGUGGCCAUGGGCCACGGACACUGAAAUCACGGGCUCACCUCAAAAGCCGACCAUGCUACACAUGUCGGGAGUUUGCAUUUUCCUGUUAAGGUUUCCCAGCAUAUCAGAAGUGUACCAUAUUGUAUUGUGGGACUCAUAAACAGAGUAAGGGACACAGGCCAGGUGAAGACAAGACUGGACACUAAAAGCAAGUUGAAUAGAGGGGUUCUAAGUUACAGGGUCUGCCCCACUUGUCCUCCAUGAACUCUGCUAAUGGACCACAGCCGAUGGUGUCCACAGCCCCUCUUACAUGGCUUACAGUCCUGUGGUCCCUGUAUUACCCAGUAACAGAGGAGGGUUUCGUGAGACACAGGCAUUGGUCAUUUAAGCUUGUCACAGAUGAAGUCUUCAGAGUAUGAAUCAGUUGCUUUGUGGCUGCAAUAGAAAAUGUGUGUGUGUGUGUGUGUGUGUGUGUGUGUGUGUGUGUGUGUGCGCGCGCAUACGUGUGUAUGUGGUGUGUAGUAUGUGUAGUGUGGGUGGGGCCCAUCACCAAGACAAACUGCCACAUAGUCAUUGAGCUUUGACCCAACCCUGUCCAAAUUAGAGCCCCCCUCUAUGGAUGUAAUUUAUCUAUUAGUCACGGGAAGAAAUGAUAAACACAACUGGAAAUAAAGCACAGAAGUUAUAAACACAUAUGACCACUCCCACUAACAUAUCAUAGUUCAUCACCCUCCAGUGAGGGCAGGAACUCAAGCGGGGCAGGAUCCUGGAGGCAGGAGCUGGUGCAGAGGCCACAAAAGGAUGCUGCUUACUGGCUGUCUUUCAUGGCUUGCUCAGCCUGCCUUCUUAUAGAGCCCAGGACCACUAGCCCAGGGGUGGCCCCGCCCACAAUGGGCUGGGUCCUCCCUCAUCCAUCACUAAUUAAGAAAAUGCCCUACAGCUGGGUCUUAUGGAGGCAUUUCCACAACUAAGGCUCCCUCCUCUCUGAUGACUCUAGCUUGUGUCAAGUUGAUAUAAAACUAGACAGCACAAUAAGAGGGCAGAUGUCACAAGCUCAGAGAAGUCAAGCCAUGCCAUUUGCAGCCUCUCCCACUUCAGGUAGAGAACAAUCAGGUGGGACCUACUAUGGCCUCCUAGUCCCUCUCACUUUUCCUUGCAGCUAGAGGCAACCAAGGGCUCCCCAUGCAUUGACCCAAGAUGAUCUUAAGCUACAACCUCAACUUCCUAUCCAGAGCCUUCUUGCUCCAUUCCUAAUACUCAGAUUAGGUCACUGGUGUGGUGUGAGCCAUGCCCCUCCCUCCCGAAAUCUCUAAGAGUCAGAAACUCCAAAUCCCGACGCUGAAGGCUCUCUCUUUUCAGAACCCUGCCCGUUGCUACAACUAUCUUAGUAAGGCUCCUACCUACAAACCCGUUAUGUCUUCCUUUAUAUCUGUAACCAUUACAAAGUAAAAUAGGGGUCAUUUGAACACAACUAUUGCUCUACCAAGAUUCCACCCGAUAAAUGAAGCAGCUAUCAGCUGGCUGGUGGGUGGGUAGCGAGUUCAGUGUGGACAUGACUUAUGUCCUGAGGGGAGAGAGGAAAGGCAUGAAAUUUCCCCCACAGUAUCCAAAACAGUAACUAAAGACUCAACCAGUAGUGUGUUUCUGGAAUUUUCCAUUUAUUAUCUUUGGACUGUAUACAGUUGACUUCUUGUAACCAAAACUUUGAGAGGAGAAGCCUUCCAUGGUGGUUGAGGAUGUACGCCUUUCUGUGUGGCUUUGCCAAACUCUGACAAUACUGAGUUUCCGUGUGAUAGCGAGGAGCUUUCCUAAGUAACCAUCCCACUUGAGAGAGCCGGACUGAGGUUGGAGAAGGAAGAUUCAAGCCUACUAGGACCUCACCCUUCCCUGUUCACAGUUGUUUUGAUGCUUGCAGACUGUCUUGGAUAAGACAGAGAGCAGCUGGGCUAAUCAGCACAGACUAGGUGCCUGGUCUAACCCCUGCACACUUCGAUAGACUUACCUCUGUGUUGUGCUUGGCUGUGACAACCCGGCUGCUCCUUGGGGUUCUUGUCAGAGCCUUCUUUUGCCCCUCUCCAGGCCUGCUUCCCCUCUUCAGAUCCGUUUCCCCUCCCCUUCCCUGCUUCCCUUCCCUUAGCCUCCCCACAUGCCCCAGCCCAUCCUGCCACAAGGCUGGCUUCAUCUUCCUACUCCUCUACAAGCCUUAGGUCCCUUCCCUUUCACCUGGUACUCAAAAUUCUAAAGAAGAGACCAGCCUCAAAGAUCAAUAUGCUCACUGCUAAAUUGUAUUUUGUUAGGAUUAUAGAAUCUAAGACAUCUAUGUGAUCUCUGUACAAUAUAAAGCAUGAACUGCCUACCCAUAGUCUUUACCAAGAGGCGUGGGCACUUCUGUGAAGUUUGGUUUGCAACCAAGCACCAUGUCCUUCAGAAGGGAGUGCAGGAGCUCCUCUUGGGAGCUUGGACUCCACUGCAGGGCUCAGGCCAGAGGGAAAGGGUACUAGAAGUUAAGACUACAUCCAAGAUACUCACAGCCUUUCUGCUUCCCUCCUCCCUGUAAACAUCAGUUGCAUCCCUGGACGCUCCAAAGCAGAGCUCUAGGGAGAGCCUUAUCCAUCCGCCAAGGUGCUGGUCCUCGAAUAAACCUGAUUGCAUCCCA